AUGGAAACAGAAUUUGAUACACCGAAAGUCUACACGCUGGUGGCAAACCUACCUAAAAUAUUCACGAACACAGUCGAGAUCCUCUUACAAGAACUCAUCCAAGACGAAACAGGAGUGGUACAAGUUUUAACAUCGGAUAACAUCAACCUGAACCCAAGCGGCGGCUUCACGCCGCAUCAUCUCUCUCGACUCCUUCGCGACGAACAAGUUCCUGAGUCUCAGUUUCUAGGUCAAAAGAUCGCUCUUGAUAUCAGUCGCGAACUUGCUAAUGACGAUUCCCUUAGAGAGCCUGCUUUCGUAUUCGUCACUGUCAAUUUCAUCAGAGAGACACGUUUGGUCUUUCCACCUGAUGAACCUACUCCAUCGAGAGGUGCUUCCGGUGAAGUUCUCCAUAGGUUAGCGGACGAACAGAGAGUUGAAGUCAAGAAAAACGAGAUUCAGUGUUCGAUUUGUAUUGAGGAUUUGUCCAAGAAUCAUGCAAAAAUCAUUGAGAUGCCUAAGUGUUUGCAUAAGUUUCAUCAAGAUUGUCUCUUCGAGUGGCUUGCUCGGCAAAACUCAUGUCCCUUGUGCCGGAGUGUUCCUUACGGCUUGGAUCAAGAAACAGAGUCUUAA